AUGCGGCCCAUGUUUUCAAAGGAGGACCUGAGCGUCCAAGACCUUGCCACCGGUGUCCAAAAUGCCAACAACAACAUAUGCAAACACGUCGUCCGCACGCCGGUUAUCAGACUACCAUGGCUCGACUCUGAAGAACGUGAGGUGUGGGCCAAGCUCGAGUGCCACCAGCACACGGGCUCGUUCAAGUACCGCGGCGCAUACAACGCUCUGAGCAGGACCAAGACCAACAAGAUCAUCACGGCCUCGGCCGGCAACCAUGCCCUCGCCACGGCAGCGGCCGGUCGUCGGCUCGGCAAGGACGUGCACCUCAUCGCGCCCAUCACGGCCUCGGAGCUCAAAGUCAACCGCAUGAUGGCCGAUGCCGAGGUCACCCUCCUGGGCCAGGACCUGCACGAGGCCACGCUCAUGGCCAUUUCUCUGGCCCAGAAGUCGGCCAUUCAGACGGCAGACGAGACCGAAACCCUGUAUUACGUGUCUCCGUAUGACAACGUGGACGUAGCUGCCGGUGCAGGCACAGUCAUGCUGGAGGCGGAGGAGGACCACGGAGUCUUUGACACGGUCGUGGUGCCGCUGGGAGGAGGCGGCCUGGCCGCGGGUGUGGGAGCCUGGUGUGCUCACAACUCCCCCCGGACCAACGUGGUGUGCACGCACCCCGAGAUCUUUGGCAGGAAGUUUGCCAAGAGCGAGCCCAUAGCCAGCCAGCUGGUCAGCCCCACUGCAGUCUCGUACUCUGACGGCCUGGCAGUGCAACUGGCCAGAGAGACGCCCUUUGCGCGCAUCCUGCAAGAGACCAUCAGAGACGUUGUUCAGGUGACCGAGGCCGAGACGGCCGUCGCCAUCUCGAUUGCGCUACGCAUGCAGUCGCUGCUGAUCGAGGGCUCCGCCGCCACCACGAUAGCCGCACUGCUCAAGCCUGAAGCGCCCGAGACGAGGCACAUCAAGGGCCGCGUCCUCCUGCUCCUCACGGGCGGGAAUAUUGCUUCGAGCAGCCUGGCCAGGUCCCUCGUGUCCGAGGUUUCAGAUGCACCCCUCCGGCAGGCCAUUGGACUGCGGAACAUCUUGCCGUCGGUAGAUCGAUGCGGGUCCACAAAGUUGCCAGUUGAGGACGUGGGAGAGCAGAAGCUGGAUGCAAGUAAAGAAAAGGCUAGCGAUAGCGGCGAUGGAGCACGAGCUUUGGCCGAUGACACGACAAGUAGUUUGGAACAGUGGCAGGUAUUCUCAGACCGUCUGCAAGCCAUGAUAAAAGCAACCGCCGAGCAAAUGCAGGAGAAAGACGAGCUCUCAGCGCGAUUAUGUUUGGAGCAAGAUCCAUGGUGCAAGGACGUCUACAACGAGCUACAACAAGUCCUCUACCGGCGAGCCAAGGAGUUUGAGGCGGCUGUCAAAACGCCCCCUUCGUCAUGUCAAGAAUCACAAGUGCCCAAAUUCUGGGUUAUGGAAGAACGCUACCGGAUCCUCCUCCAGCAGCACUCGGCCGUGGCUUGCCUUUUUGACAGGGCCAGUGCUGCCAACGAUCAGUCCCUGCGCGACUGGUUCCGUGAUUUCGACAGCCAGAGCGCCACCGUGUGCAACUACGACCGCUACGGCUCCUCGAGGCUUCGCGCCACCGAGCAAGUCCUCGCCAAGGCCUUGGCCCUGGGCGACACUUCGGGAACCGAGCUGCUGCUCACCUCGAGCGGCAUGGCCGCCUACCAAGUGGUGCAGCACUUUCUGCUGCAGAGCAUCGGCGACAAGGGGAACUUUGUGCUCCCGCCGUACGUCUACUUUGAGGGCAUGGAGCAGCUCCAGGCCUUUGACUUUGUCACCGUCACCCACGCCCCGACGUUUGACGCCCAAGACAUCAUCGCCACCGCCGAGGCCGUCGACGCAAAGGUCGUGUUCCUCGACGCCGUCGCCAACGUGGUCGACCUGCCGGCCACCGACGUCCGAGACUUUUGCCGCACGGUCGCGCACCGGCCCGGGUGGGGCGACCGCAUCGUCGUGAUGGACGGGACCACGGCGUCGGGCGCCAUGCCCGUCUUUGACUGGAUGCAGGGGAGACACGCGCCGACGCUCUUGUACUUUGAGAGCGCCAGCAAGUACCUCCAGUUCGGCAUGGACCUGCAGAUGGGCGGGCUGGUGGUGUACCCGAGCCGGCUGGACGCGGCGAUGCGCACCAUCCGCCGCAACACGGGGGGCGUCAUGUACUCGCGCGGCCUGAGCCUGCUCCCGCCCCUCGACCGCGCCGCGUACCAGCGGCGCAUGGCCCAGCUCAGCCGCAACGCCGAGGUCCUGCGCGACGGCAUCGCCGCUGCGGCCUCGGACCUGGUCCACGUGCGGUUCCCCUCCGAGUGGAAGCGGUUCGGCUGGCGUCACGGCGGCGCGCUGGUGACCGUCCGGUUCCUGCGCGACGGGCUGAACAACAAGGACGGGCUCGAAGCCUGUAUAGACUUGGUGCUCGCCGGCGCCAAGGCCAAGGGUCUGGCCGUCACCAAGGGCGUGAGCUUUGGGUUUUCCACCACCAGGAUCUCGUCCGCGUCGUCCAUGGCAAAGGACUCUGACCCCUUUCUCCGGCUGUCGGUCGGCGUCGACCUGGAGACUCGGCAAGAUUUGCUCGAGGUUAUGGUGGCGGCCAUACGGCGCUAUGCUGAUACUUUUUAG